UUUCAGUCUUCCCUCGUCUCUCCAGUCUCUCGUACUCUGUCUCGCAUAUCGUCUCUCGUUUCUUGGUCUCUCUGUCUCUCCGACCCCCAGCUGUGCUCCUUCUAGUCGGUUCGCCGCGGCCGGUCGCAGCAUCUCCACCGAGCCCACUCAGCCCUAGCUCGAUCUCUCUGGCCGCCACUACCACCAACCCUCCCCCCCACCCCAUACAACAACCUCGGCGGCUCUGCAACUGCAUCUCCUCCCCUCACUCUGCAGCAGCUGUGAACGGAACUGCCGAACUGCAAGAGCAUUUCAUUUAAAAGGUCUUUUUGAGAAAACGCGGAUCUGGUGUCUUCAGUGAAGCACUCGAAUAUCUGUCAUGGUUCAGAUACACCCAAGUGCUCUUUCAAGUGGGCACCGAUUGUCCAGUUACUUUGCUCCUUCCCAUUCUACAUCCUCGAGUGGGACGAGAAUAUCUAUUGCCAGGUCAUUGGUUCUCAAGAUGGAACAACCUGUUGAUGGUGUAAAGAAGUUAUUUGCUUCACAUUCUGCUAAAGCUUCUUCAUCAUUGGUUUGUCAGUCAUCGCUUGGUGCCCAGGAGGUUUCGCCCAGGAAGGAUGAAUGGCCUGUGCAUGGUUUAUCUGAGACGGUCGUAGGUGUCCUGGGAGGGGGACAACUCGGCCGCAUGUUGUGUCAAGCAGCUUCUCAAAUGGCCAUCAAAGUCAUCACUUUAGACCCUCUUGAGCACUGUCCUGCCAGUGCAAUCGCACACAAUCAUGUGGUUGGAAGCUUCUCGGAUAAUGUUGCAAUUGAGGAGUUUGCAAAAAGGUGCGGAAUAUUGACUGUUGAGAUUGAACAUGUUGAUGCUGACACCUUGGAGAAGCUUGAGCAAAGAGGAGUGGACUGUGAACCUAAAGCUUCCACUAUACGAAUUAUCCAGGAUAAAUAUUCGCAAAAAGUUCAUUUUUCUCGGCAUGGGAUUCCCCUUCCUGAAUUUAUGCAGAUAGAUGAUCUUGAAAGUGCCAAUAGAGCUGGUGAGCUAUUUGGGUAUCCACUUAUGAUAAAGAGCAAAAGGCUAGCUUAUGAUGGGCGUGGAAAUGCUGUGGCAAAAAGCCCUGAAGUGCUUUCUUCUGCGGUAACUGCUCUUGGAGGAUACGAACGUGGUCUGUAUGUUGAAAAGUGGGCACCGUUCAUAAAGGAGCUUGCAGUCAUUGUAGCGAGAGGAAGGGAUGGUUCUAUCCUGUGCUAUCCCGUAGUCGAAACUAUACAUAAGGACAACAUAUGCCACAUUGUUAAGGCACCUGCUGAUGUCCCGUGGAAGGUUCGUAAACUUGCAACUGAGGUUGCACGCGAAGCUGUUAGCUCAUUAGAAGGUGCUGGUGUGUUUGCGGUCGAAUUGUUCCUUACUGAGGAUGGUCAGAUCUUACUGAACGAAGUGGCCCCAAGGCCCCAUAAUAGUGGUCAUCACACAAUUGAGUCUUGCUAUACUUCUCAGUUCGAGCAACACUUGCGAGCUGUUGUUGGCCUUCCUCUUGGCGAUCCAUCGAUGAAAACUCCUGCAGCUAUCAUGUACAAUAUGCUGGGUGAAGAUGAGGGAGAACGGGGCUUUCAAUUAGCUCAUCAAUUGAUUCGAAGAGCACUGAGCAUACCUGGGGCUGCUGUUCAUUGGUAUGACAAACCAGAAAUGCGGAAACAACGUAAGAUGGGCCAUAUUACUAUUAUCGGCCCUUCUAUGGGCAUUGUUGAAGCAAGACUGAAUGCGAUGCUAACUGAAGAAAGUUUGGAAUCUCAAACUGCUGUCCAGCCCCGUGUUGGGAUUAUAAUGGGCUCUGAUUCCGACCUUCCUGUGAUGAAGGAGGCAGCAAAGAUUCUGAACAUGUUCAAUGUGCCUUACGAGGUCAGAAUAGUUUCUGCUCAUAGAACCCCUGACGUGAUGUUCAAAUAUGCCAAGUCAGCUAGCGAGCGGGGUGUUCAGAUCAUUAUAGCGGGUGCUGGUGGUGCAGCUCAUUUGCCAGGUAUGAUAGCUUCCCUGACUCCCCUACCUGUUAUUGGCGUGCCUGUCCGUGCUUCCGUAAUGGAUGGACUGGACUCCCUUUUAUCAAUUGUGCAGAUGCCGAGAGGUGUCCCUGUAGCCACUGUUGCAGUAAAUAAUGCCACCAAUGCAGGCUUAUUGGCUGUAAGAAUGCUUGGGGUUGCUGAUGUAGAUCUCCAGGCUCGGAUGAGCCAGUACCAAGAAGGUACGAGAGACGAAGUCGUGGCAAAAGCAGAGAAGCUGGAGCAGGUUGGGUGGGAAUCGUACUCGAAUUCUUGACUCAGAAACCAAUGACCCAAUCCCAGCAUUUUCUCCUUGCUGAUUUCUGGGAUCCGCAACGAGAAGAUUUUGUACGAAGAUAGUUCCCCCAGUAACAUUCUUUUACUUAGAUGCUGCAGACUUUAAAUCCAGAGAGUUACAGAGAAUCACUUAAAGGCCUGUUUGGUUUGUAAGUUAAAAUCAACUUGAUUUUAACUUUUACUUUAACUCAACACACUACAUAAUAAAAAUACACAUUUUUCAAGUUAAAAA